UGUGGCUCACCUGGCUGAUCAAGCUGGGCGCCACCACCUUUGCGUCGCUCUACCCGCUGCGCGGCAGCCUGUGGCGCCUGCAGCACUUCUUCGACAUCCUCGAGCUCUACUCCGCCGCAAACAGCAACCUGGAUGUGUGGCUGCUGUCCAUGCUGCACACGGCGGUGGUGGCGGCGCUGCUCAGCCGCGUCAUGUCGCCGCGGCGGCGGUUCAGCGGCCUGGUGAUCCCGGGGCCCUACUCCAAGGUGUCCCACGGCGUGUACUGGAGCUGCUCGCUGUUUGAGCUGCUGCUGCUGGGCAAGGCGGUGGUGGUGGCGGUGCUGGGGGAGGAGCGGCUGCUGCCGCCCGACCCCGGAGACGCCUCGGAUCCGCCUGGCUCUGUGGGCCUGCUGUGCAUGUAUGCAUCCAUAGUGGUGGCCCUGCUCUGCUCCUUCAUGGAGGGCUGGCUGGGCCAGCGGCUGGUGGCGCGCUGGCGCAAGCAGCACGAGGCGGCGGAGGAGGCGGCGGGGCAGGCGGGGGCGCGGCAGCCGCUGCUGGGCAAGGGCAAGGCGGCAAAGGAGGCCGACAGCGCCACCAUUCCGGAGCUCAUCAAGCUGUCCGCGCCAGACACCCACAUCCUCUUCAUGGCAUUCACCGCCGGCGCCGCGGCGGCCCUGGGGCAGGCCCUGGUGCCCUACUACACCGGAAAGAUCAUCGACUACGCCUCCAUCGACCCCGACCCCCACGCCUUCAGGCUCACCACCCUCAAGAUGCUGGGCGUGGCGCUGGGCUGCGCCUUCUUCACCGGCAUACGCGGCGGCCUCUUCACGGUGCGUGCGGCCGGGAGGCGGUGUGAGCCCCUCCCUUUGCCUCCGCUCUCCUCUCCUCCUGGCCCGCCCCCGCAGGACGCCGGCUUCUUCGACACCACCAAGACGGGGGAGGUGACGAGCCGUCUGUCGGCGGACACCACCACCGUCUCGGACCAGAUCUGCCUCAACCUCAACGUCAUGCUGCGCUCCAGCACGCAGGCGGCCAUGGUGCUGGUCUUCAUGUUCUCCGCCUCCUGGCGCCUCACCGUGGUCACCUUUGUCAUGAUCCCGCUGGUGCUGGUCAUCUGCAAGCUCUACGGCGCCUACUACCGCCGCAUCCGGCGCGCCCCCUGCCUGUCGGCGGUGCAGGUGCAGACGGAGUUGGCAGAGGCCAACAGCGUGGCGGAGGAGGCGCUGAGCAGCAUGACCACGGUCAAGGCGCACGCUGCGGAGGACUCCACGAUGGCCGCCUACGCGGCCAAGCUGACGCGCUUCUACCACCUGCAGCGGCGCGAGGCCGUCGCGUACGCCGCCUACAUGGCCACCAACACCUUCCUGGCAGCUGCCGUGGUGGCCAUCGUGCUGUACUACGGCGGCAGCCUGGUGCUCAAGGGAGCUAUGAGCGCAGGCAGCCUCGUCUCCUUCAUGCUCUUCCAGCAGAGCCUCAGCGCGGCCUUCCAGGCGCUGGGCGACGUCUUCUCCGCGCUGUCCGCCGCCGUGGGCGCCGCCGACAAAGUCAUCGAGCUGAUGAAGCGGCAGCCGGCGGUGGCGGAGACGGGCACGCUGGUGCCCGCCGCCUUUGCGGGCAAGCUCACGGUGCAGGACGUGGUGUUCCACUACCCGGCGCGCCCCACGCUGCGUGUGCUCAGCGGGCUCAGCGUGGUGGUCAACCCCGGCGAGAUUGUGGCCCUGGUGGGGCCCAGCGGCGGCGGCAAGUCGAGCAUCGUCAAGCUGGUGGAGCGGUUCUACGUGCCGGAGGAGGGGCGGGUGCUGAUUGACGACCGCCCCGUGGGGGAGUACGACCGCAAGUGGCUGAAGCAGCGGGUGGCGCUGGUCAGCCAGGAGCCGGUGCUGUACGCGCGCAGCAUACGCAGGAACAUCCUGUAUGGGCUUGAGGAGCAGGAUGGGCUGCCGCCGGAAGAGGUGCCCACGUUUGCGGAUGUGGAGGAGGCGGCGCGGCUGGCGAAUGCGCACGACUUCAUUUGCGCGCUGCCUGAUGGCUACGAGACCGAGUGUGGGGAGAAGGGGGUGCAGCUGAGCGGCGGGCAGAAGCAGCGGAUAGCCAUCGCGCGCGCGCUAGUGCGCCGCCCCGCGGUGCUGCUGCUCGAUGAGGCCACCAGCGCGCUGGAUGCAGACAGCGAGGCGGUGGUGCAGGAGGCUCUGGACCGCACCAUGAAGAGCCGCACGGUGCUGGUCAUCGCCCACCGCCUCUCCACGGUGCAGGACGCGCACCGCAUCGUGGUCAUCCAGCACGGCCAGGUGGCGGAGCAGGGCACGCACGACCAGCUGCUGGAGGCGGGGGGCACGUACGCCAGCCUGGUGCGCCGCCAGCUGGCGCGCGCCCCCAGCGCCGCCGGCCUCCUCCCCUCCCCCAGCUCCGCCUCGCUCGCCGGCGGCCUGCACUGAUGGCCCGCUGGCCCAGUGCUGCCCCGCAGAUAGGAAUAAUGCUCGUUUUGAUGCGGCGGGUCCGCAUGCCUCAUUGCUUGUGCGUAGCGCCUCCCGCUCCAGACCAGCCUUCAGCCCAACGGAUGCAUCCACCUGAUUCAUUUCACACACAUCGAAUACCAAUUCCAAUCAUUUUGAAAGCUGCAUCCGAUACUGCAUCCAAUACUUCCGGCCGCCGACCGCCGAGCAGCGAGGCCCCGGUGGCGGGUGCAGCCUCAGCUGCCCUCCUCCUUCUGUGCCGCCAUGUCGGCGAGGGGUUUGCCCACCGCCCGCAGGUCCAGCAGCGCGGCCCCGCCCGGAUAGAUGCGCUCGUAGCAGGCGGCGACGUAGGGGCACAGCGUGGCGGUGUGCGCCUUGCAGGCCGCAUCAAACGCGCGCUGCUGCGGCUCGGCGAGCGUGUGUGUGAGGCCGUAGUGCGCCAGCGCCGCCGACACCGCCGUCAGCGACUCCUGCAGCGCCGCCGCCGUGGGCUGCUGCACCGACAGCGGCGCGCAGUGGCGCAGCUCGUUGAAGGCCGCCAGCAGGCCGUUGGCGUACACAGCCAGCGGCACGUGGUCCACCAGGGCCGGGGGAGGCGCGCCGCCGCCGCCGCCGCGGGGCGUCGCCGGCGUAGCCCCUCCCGCCGCCACGUCGCCCUCUGCUGCUGCCGUCGCCGCUGCCGCCGCCGCCGCGUCGCUAGCCUGCCUGUUGCGGGUGGCCAGGGCGCUGGGGCUGGACCACUUGUGGGCCUCCAGCAGCGGGCGGAAGGAGUCGGCGGCAGAGGUUACUGCCUGC